GCAUAUAAAAAGAAAUUCAGCCAUCAAUUCUUCUUCCUUUUCUCUCCGCCUCACUCUCUUCUUUAACUCUCUUGAACUCAUCUCUGUUCUUCUCUCUCCUCAAAUUUCAUCCUUAAUAAUGGCAGUUUUCAAGGAUUUGCACACUGAGACUGGUCUCAAAUCUCUCGAUGAUCACCUUUCUGGAAAAUCCUACGUUUCUGGGGAUGAGCUGACCAAGGAUGACAUCAAGGUGUACUCUGCAGUAUUGGAGAAGCCAAGUGAUUCUUUCCCAAAUGCAAGCAAGUGGUACGAGAGCGUAUCCCAACAGCUCGCCGCAAGUUUCCCUGGCCAAGCUGCCGGUGUGAGAUUUUCUUCCCAGGGAGCUCCUGCUGCAUCUGCUCCUGCUGAGGAAAAGAAGGAAGCAACUGCUGAAGAUGAUGACGAUGAUAUGGAUCUCUUUGGUGAUGAGACCGAGGAAGAGAAGAAGGCUGCAGAAGAGAGAGAGGCAGCUAAGAAGGCAUCUGGAAAGAAGAAAGAAAGUGGAAAAUCUUCCAUUCUUCUUGAUGUGAAGCCAUGGGAUGAUGAAACCGACAUGCAGAAGCUUGAAGAGGCUGUUCGCAGUGUCCAGAUGGAAGGUCUCACAUGGGGAGCAUGCAAAUUGGUCCCAGUUGGUUACGGUAUUAAGAAGAUGACAAUCAUGAUGACCAUUGUUGACGACCUUGUUUCCGUCGACAACCUCAUCGAAGACUACCUCACAGCCGAGCCAAGAAACGAAUACAUCCAGAGCUGUGAUAUUGUCGCCUUCAACAAGAUUUAAGAGGACUACAUAGUAUAGCUCUAUUCCGGGUUUUAGUAGUUCUUAAUCUGGGAUGCUUUAGUUUGUGUCUAAAGAUUUUGUUUUCGUUGCAUUGUCUUAUAGGUGGUGUGUAUGGUUCGAGGGAUGAGUGGGGCUGUAAAACUCCGAGAUUUAUUUUAACGGUAACAGUUUUUAUCAAAUCGGAUUCUUUGUUAGUAUUAUAGGUACCGAUGUGCUGCCAAUCUGCAGAUUAUAUCAGUCAUUAAGAUUGUUCCGAGUCCGGUGCAAGUGUGUACGGCGUAUUUUGUUCUUCUCCUGUUUUGGGGGUUGCAGGGUUGGUGAACCUAAAUUCAGUGUUUUUCAUGUUUUUUCCAAGCUAUCAUUUAUGAAAGUAACAUGACUACGGCA